AUGGCAACUCUAGAACCGGCUCAGGCCAUUGAUAGACUCACACCACCAGAGGUGGAUAUUGAUGCCACCUUCAAGCAAAUGAAGCCUUUCAAGAGGGUUAGGACCACCGUGUCGCUCAAAUGGUUGACUCCACUGAAUGACGGUGGAAGUCCAAUCGUGGGUUACAUUAUUGAACGCAAACCAUACACUUUGACUGGGGAGGGCCGUUGGCUGAAAUGUAACUACACGAAUGUUGUGGACAAUUUCUACACUGUUACCGCCCUGGGAGAAGGCGAACCCUACGAGUUCAGAGUCAUUGCCAAGAAUGCAAACCAGGUCUUCAGCACCCCGUCUGAGUCCACGGGCUCCGUGCAGUGCAAAAUUGACUUCGAACCUCCAAAGGCUCAGUUGGACAGCAAGCUCUUAUCUGAAGUUGUUAUGGUGAGAGCUGGGUCAGAUCUAGUUCUCGACGCUGCGGUGGGUGGCAGGCCUGACCCCAAAGCUUCCUGGUCUAAGGGCAACAGGGAACUGGAGUUAUGUGACAAGUACCACCUGCAAUAUACAUCCAACCGAGCAAUGGCCAUCAUCAAGUUCUGUGACCGAGAUGAUACUGGAAAGUACAUUCUCACUGUUCGGAAUGUGAGUGGAACCAAGACUGCCGAGGUCAAUGUCAAAGUACUUGACACUCCAGGAGUCUGUGAAGGCAGCAUCGAGAUCAGCAGGAUAACUGAGGAAUCAUGCACUCUGAGCUGGAAACCUCCUCUAGAGGAUGGUGGUGAUGAGGUAUCUCACUACCUCGUGGAGAGAAGAGACACCAACAGACUUAACUGGGUUUUCAUGCAUGCCGAGUGCAAAGACCUGAUCUGCAACAUCACCGGUCUGUUAAAGAACACAGAGUACUUGUUCAGAGUCAGGGGAGUCAACAAGUAUGGCGCUGGAAUACCCCUUCUCUCAGAGGCCAUGGUUGCCAGAAAUACUUUCACUGUGCCAACUCCACCGGGUGCACCUGAGAUCCUGGUGUCUGGAAAGGACUUUGCAACCAUUGAAUGGCUGAAGCCCGAGAGCGAUGGCGGAAGUCCGUUGAUCCACUAUCUGGUUGAGAGGCGGGAGAAGAAGAGUGCCCGGUGGGUGAAGGUGAACAGGAGCGGGGCACACCUCGACACAAUGCUGAAGGUGUCUGGUUUGGCUGAAGGCAGCAUAUACCAGUUCAGGGUGACUGCCAUCAACAAGGCUGGGGAGAGUGAACCCAGUGAAGUUUCUCUGUAUGUUGUCUGCAGAGUACCAACAUGCACCCCCUCACCUCCCUCUGUACCUCGUAUCACUGACACCCACGCUGACAGCAUUAGCUUAGCUUGGUCUCGCCCUGUGGAGGAUGGAGGUGCUGAUGUGCUGGGCUACAUACUGGAAAUGCAGGAAGUUGGAAAAGAGGAGUGGACAAAGGCCCAUGAGAAGACAUUGCGUACUUCCGAACACAUGGUGACUGGACUUUGUUCAGGCAAAAAGUAUUGCUUCAGAGUGGCUGGCAUCAACAUCAAUGGCACCGGAGACUUCAGUGAGCGGUGUACUGAGACAGAGCCAGUGGAGAGAAUUGAAACUCCUGACUUUGAGCUCCACGAUGACCUGAAGAAGACCAUCUGCCUGCGUGCUGGCGGUUGCCUCCGCCUCUUCGUAAAUAUCACAGGCCGUCCUGCUCCAACAAUUGCUUGGAGCAAGCCAGGUGUCAACCUCAACAACCGAGGCUUCAUAGAGGUCACCCAUAAGUCAACCACACUCAUCAUUGAUAAGGUCCACCGAUAUGAUGCUGGAAAAUACACGAUUGUGGCUGAGAACUCUGCUGGGAAACAAGAAGUCUCUCUUCUGGUCAAAGUCUAUGACACCCCGGGACCAACAGGACCAAUCAAGAUCAAGGAACUGACCAAAGAAUAUGCUAUCAUCUCAUGGGAAGGCCCAACUGUGGACGGUGGCGCUCCUGUCAAUAAUUAUAUUGUUGAGCGGCGUGAGGCCUCCAUGAGAGCCUACAAAACUGUUACUUCCAAGUGUAGCAAGACAUCCUUCAAGAUUGAUGGACUGAUGGAGGGUAUGCUGUACUACUUCAGAGUCCUACCCGAAAACAUUUAUGGGGUCGGCGAGCCUUGCGAGACAGCGGAUGUCAUCCUGGUUUGCGAGGUGCCUCACCCACCGCGUAAACUGGAGGUGGUUGACAUCACCAAGACUACCGUUUCAUUGAGCUGGGAGAAGCCUGAGCACGAUGGAGGAAGUCGACUGAUCGGUUACGUUGUUGAGGCCUGCAAGUUCGGUACUGAGAAAUGGAUGAAGGUGGCCUCGCUCAAGCUAACCGACUUUGAGCACACUAUUGAGAAGCUGAAUGAGAAGGAACAGUACUUGCUCAGAAUCAAAGCCAUCAACAGUCGAGGUGCCAGUGAAGCAAAGGAGCUUGUUACACCUGUGACUGUACAAGAACAAAGACUGAUGCCUGCAGUGGAUUUCACCAACAUUCCCCAGAAAGCGGUUAAUGUUGAGGCCGGUAAGACCCUGGAGCUUGAUAUGCCAAUAAUUGGCAGGCCUCCCCCGUCCUGCUUCUGGUUCUUUGGUGACAAUAGGAUAAAAAUCACAGAUCGUGUCAAGAUCCAGAGCACUGGCAAGUUUUCCAAACUAACUAUGUCUGACACAACUAUUGAUGACACUGGCAACUACACCCUGGAGAUGAAGAACACUGUUGGUGUCACUACCGAGGUCAUCAAGGUUGUCAUUCUCUCCAAACCUGAUGAACCAAAAGGACCAAUAAGAUUUGAUGAGAUUGAUGCCACCACAGUUACAUGUAGCUGGGAUUCUCCUCCAAGGGAUGGUGGCGCUCCCAUAAGUGGAUAUGUGGUGGAGCAACGAGAUGCCCACAGACCAGGCUGGGUGCCGGUUUGUGACUCGGUCAGCCGACCCACUUUCAAAUUUGAGAACCUGAUUGAGGGAGAUGAAUAUGUCUUCCGUCACGGCGGAGUGGUCCGUCUCUCUCUCCCUAUCAAGGGUAAACCUCAACCUACUUGUUCAUGGUUCAAGGACGGCGGGACAGUGUCAACUAAGGCCAUGGUUGCUCACACUGAAGACACCAGUGAACUGGUAAUCAAAGGAGCGGAGAGGAGUGACUCUGGUGUGUAUGAGCUCCUUCUUGAAAAUAAAGUCGGGAAGAAGAAGGUCCAAAUCAAGGUUAAUGUCAUCGGCCGUCCAAGUGCUCCAGAAGGACCUUUAGUAUUUGAAGAAAUCCAGGCCAACUCCGUUAAGGUAUCCUGGAAGGUGCCCACCGAUAACGGCGGUACAGAGAUCCUCGGUUACAUUGUUGAAAGAAGAGAGGUUACCAGAAAUGCUUGGUACACUGUGGACAGCAAGGUGACUGAUAAUCAGUUGGUUGUCAGGGGCCUAAACGAAGGAACCGAAUAUCACUUUAAGGUAACCGCGGAGAACUCGUUUGGUAUCGGUCCAUCGCUGAAGUCAGAGCAGCCGCUGUUGCCCAAGACUCCGCUUUGUCCACCAGAGCCUUCCAGUGCACCACCGGAGAUCAUGGAUGUCACCAAAAACUCUGUGGCACUGGGCUGGUACAGACCAAAAGAUGAUGGGGGUUCCACCAUCACAGGUUACUUUAUUGAGUACAAGGAGGUGUCCACUGAGCAAUGGUCUCGUCACCCCACCAAGAUUAUGUCCACCAUGUUUACUCAGUCUGGACUCACAGCAGAUGCCAACUAUCACUUCCGAAUUGUUGCUGUCAAUGACGUUGGCGAGAGUGAGGCUGGACCUGUGUCUGACCCAGUCAUAUGUAAAGAUCCAUUCGAUAAGCCGAGCCAGCCAGGUGAAAUUGAUACAACAAAUGUAACUAAUAAGUUGAUCACCAUUUCCUGGCAAGCACCAGAGUGUGAUGGUGGUAAAGUAGUCCAGGGUUAUUGGGUGGAAUACAGGAAGUCCACUGAAAGCAGCUGGAAGAAAUGCAACAAACAGAGGGUAAAAGAACUAGAGUUCACCAUGGUUGGUCUGGCUGAAGCUACCGAGUAUGAGUUCAGAGUAUUUGCUGAAAAUGAGACCGGAAUAAGCAGACCUCGUCGGACUGCCACUUGCAUCAAGACGAAACUGGGUGUUGAAACGAAACCAAGUCUUAGAAAAGAAAUUGAUGAGGUAACAGAAAAACUGGGACAGCCUGCUGUAAUGAAGUGCCAGAUUAUUGGCAGACCUGUUCCUGAGAUCAGGUGGUACCACGCAGGGAGGGAGAUUGUGGAGUCCCGCAGAUACGAGAUGAACUCCGAUGGCCGUAACCACUCCCUUUCCAUCAUGACUGACCAACAAGAGGAUGAGGGAGCAUACACCUGUAAAGCUACCAAUGAUGCUGGCGAAGCAGAAACCACAGGCAUUCUCGUACUGGAAGCUGCGCCAUCCUUCCAUUCAGACUACCCAUUGAAGAACACCUACUAUGCUGGUCUGGGAACAACCCUGCGAAUCCAUGCUCCGUACAUUGGCCGUCCUGUACCAAAGAUUACGUGGCUCCAAGAAGCAAAGACCCUGGAGACAUCGGAGGACAUCAGUAUUGAGACCACCGAGUAUUAUUCGCACCUGAUUAUCAAAAAUGUCCAGCGCAGAAUCCAUGGAGGAAAAUACAGGAUCCGACUGCACAACCACUUUGGCAGGGUAGAUGCCGCAUUCAAAGUUGAAAUCUAUGUUUGCGACUACAGUGAGGAAAGCUCUUCCAUUGUUCCUGCCACAGCUGUUGAUGUUCAAGCACCAGCCUUUAAGGAGGAGCUGAGGAACAUGAGUGUCAAAUACAAGAGCAAUGCUACACUUGUCUGUAAAAUCACAGGUCAGCCCAAACCAGUGAUUAAAUGGUUCAGACGAGGAAAAGAGAUCCAUGCGGAUGAAAAGAAGAUCAAAAUUCAAGAAUUCAAGGGAGGUUACCACCAACUCGUCAUCGCUGAGGUUGAUGAGGAAGACUCUACUGUGUACCAGAUCAGGGCCACCAAUCAAGGAGGUUCCAUCUGUGCCACGAUCUCUCUGGAUGUCGAAAUUCCUGCAACGAUCCACCUUCCCAAGAAUCUGAAGGACAAAGAAGCAAUUCCUGCCCUGCGUGGAGAAAUGGUCAAUAUUAAGAUACCUUUUGGUGGCAAACCUGAUCCUGUCAUCACAUGGCAGAAGGGGCAAGAUCUCAUAGAUAGCAAUGGCCACUACCAGGUCAUUGUCACACGCUCAUUCACUUCUUUGGUGUUCCCUCACGGCGUGGAGAAGAAGGAUGCUGGAUUUCACAUCGUCUGUGCUAAAAACAGAUUUGGAAUUGAUCAGCAGACAGUUGAGUUGGAUGUGGCAGAUGUCCCUAACCCUCCUCCCCGUGGUCUUAAAGCCAGUGAUAUCUCUCGAGACUCUGUCACACUUAACUGGGUUGCCCCAGCAAAUGAUGGCGGCAGCAAGGUUAUCAGUUAUAUUAUUGAAAAAUGCCCCACCACAGCUGAGAGGUGGGAGCGAGUUGCUCAAUCUCGUGACAGCCGCUACACUGUUAUCAAUCUUUUUGGAGGAACCAGCUAUCAGUUUAGAGUCAUUGCUGAGAACAAGUUUGGAUGGACUUGGAACAGCUCAAAUGUGGAACACCACCUCACUUCUUGUCGCAACCCCGAUCGUUAAAUGUGGAAGAGGGACAAAGUGUUAAAUUCACAUGUGAGAUAGCAGGCGAGCCUUUCCCAGACGUGGAGUGGUUUAAAGACAACCUGACUUUAUCAGGCACAUCCAAUGUGAGAAUGAACUGGAUCAACAGUGUAUAUACUCUGGAGAUAUGUAAAGCAAAGCUGGCAGACAGCGGUAAAUACACCAUCAAGGCCAAAAACCAGCUCGGCCAGUGCUCCGCCACGUCCUCCCUCAAUGUCUUCACCGGUAUUGAGGAAGAAACACGAACAAUGAUGAGGGUGGAACAAAAAGCCGAAGCUUUCUCAGCCGUUUCUGCUCAUAUGAAGGCAUCGUCUAGGCAGGCUGCCACUUUCAGCUCCAUUGAGAGCAUGUCCGAGACCGGCAAUCAAAUUACGCAAAUGUGUGAUCGAUCACAUGUGGAAGCUUCUUCCUCCUCCUCCAGCUUCUCCUCCUCCUCACAGAGGAGCCUUGUGAGUGUGAUGAAAACAGGUGCGCCACCUCAGGUCACAGCUCUUCCAGAAAACAUCAAAGUCGCAGUUGGAACAUCCCUGAUGGUGACAGGGACCUUCUCUGGAGACCCCACACCAUCCGUGCAGUGGCUGCACUCAGACCAGAUGCUUCCUGACGGGGACAACCGUCACCACGUAGAUAAUACGGCUGACAUUUCCACACUGGUGAUUGCCGCGGUGAAGGAGAAUGAUGGUGGAGUGUACACACUUCGAGUUUCCAACCAACUUGGCUCAGCCUCUGCGACUGUCAACGUUCACAUCCAAUCAAUGUAAAAAAAGAAAAAAAAUAAGAAAAUUGAUCAAACUUGGAUGUAGACGUCUCUGAAACACCCGCCCCCAAUUUCCCACAUUGCUAAUCUAAUGUUAAGUGAAUCAGCAACAAGAAUAGACAGAUUUAUUUUCUUGUACAUAGGAACUAUUGUUUUUUUGUACCAAAGUUGACAUCAAUUGAUUGCCAACGUCAAGUCUCCAACCGCUAUACUUUUGCAGUGACAUGUACAUAAUGUAUAUAGCCGGAUUUAACGGUUAUGGGGAAUGCAUGCAUUGUUAUUUAUGACAAUUAUAUGAAGUGAAAUAAGGAAACCAAAAUGUUGAUGAACAGGAGAAAGUUCCUUGUGGAACGAAUACCCUGCUAAACGUAGAAAGAAAUACUAUGUGCCUCAACGCUAAGUUGAUGUUUAAGAUUGCCUCAGCAGGUAGAGCGUCUCCCUGUUGAAGUUUACUCAACACCAAAAACAAGCCUUGUUGUUUUGGACAUGUGUCGCGAUGAUGAUUUACCGCGAACACAAGACCCUGAGUGCUGCUUGCAUCACCCUCACGUAAGCAGCAUGACGAGGUCUUGCGUUCAGACUGACUGCGUCGUAUCACCAAUUUAUUUGAUGACCACCUGAGAGUGUGAGUGGCCUGCACUCUCAUAUUUGACGUAGGAGCGCUGCUUCUGGUACCGGACGGUCCCUUGGACUUUCCAUACAUUCACCUGGCCAGAAAAAAAAACCAAAAACAAAACAAAACCAAAAAACAAUUUCUGGGAGUGUCAGCUGUGCAGAAGCAGUGCUAUCUCCUGGAGGAUUGCUCAUUAGUGUGUUUGUGUGUACUGUAGUCUGUAGUCAGUGUUAAUUUCUUUGCUACAGCGAGUCCAUGUGCUGUGGUAGGAAGGUUUUCUUUCAUUCUCCUUGAGUGUUUAUUUUUUUUUUUUGUUCUAAUAAAGCAUGAUUUC